GGCCAUUUCCUCUUAGGGCCCUUCCGCCUCUUCCUUUAUCCUUACUCUAUGACACCCCUGGAACUCGGGCACUCUCCUUUCCCGGCUCUUUCAGGUUGUCCAGGGUGGAGGGCCAGGGAGUGCACUGACCCCAGUCCUGACAAGGCUGUGUGGAGCUGUUGACCCAGGAUGUCGGUGUUCAGGCUGGGUGACCAUGUGUGGCUGGAGCCUGCCUCUACCAACAAGGCUGAAGUGGCUAUCGGGGGCAUCAUCAAAGAAACCAAGCCAGGCAAGGUCUUGGUCGAGGAUGACGAGGGCAAGGAACACUGGAUUCAAGCAGAGGACUGUGGUGUUCUUAGCCCCAUGCACCCCAACUCUGUUGAGGGUGUAGACGACAUGAUCCGCCUGGGGGACCUGAACGAGGCAGGCAUGGUGCACAACCUCCUGAUCCGCUAUCAGCAGCACAAGAUCUAUACAUACACAGGCUCCAUCCUGGUGGCCGUGAACCCCUUCCAGAUGCUGCCCCUGUACACCCUGGAGCAGGUGCAACUCUACUAUGGCCGCCACGUGGGGGAGCUGCCCCCGCAUGUCUUCGCCAUUGCCAACAGCUGCUACUUCAGCAUGAAGAAGAACAAGAAGGACCAGUGCUGUGUCAUCAGUGGUGAGUCUGGGGCUGGAAAGACGGAGACCACCAAGCUCAUCUUGCAGUUCCUGGCCACUGUCAGUGGCCAGCAUUCCUGGAUUGAGCAGCAGGUCCUGGAGGCUAAUCCCAUCUUGGAAGCCUUUGGAAACGCCAAGACCAUCCGCAACGACAACUCCAGCCGCUUCGGGAAGUACAUAGACAUCUACUUCAACGCCAGCGGGGUGAUCGAGGGUGCACGCAUUGAGCAGUUCCUCCUGGAGAAGUCCCGAGUCUGCCGGCAGGCUGCAGAGGAGCGUAACUACCACAUCUUCUACUGCAUGCUCAUGGGGAUGAGUGUGGAGGAGAAGAAGCUGCUGGGCCUGGGGAUGCCCUCUGAGUACCACUACCUGACCAUGGGAAAUUGCACCUCCUAUGAGGGGCUCAAUGAUGCCAAGGACUAUGCCCACGUUCGCUCAGCCAUGAAGAUCCUUCUCUUCUCCGACUCUGAGAACUGGGACAUCAGCAAGCUGUUGGCAGCCAUUCUCCACUUGGGCAAUGUGGAGUUUAUGGCUGCAGUCUUUGAGAACCUGGACUCCUCUGAUGUGAUGGAGACACCCGCCUUUCCCAUCAUGAUGAACUUGCUGGAGGUGCAGUACCAGGCGCUCCGAGACUGUCUGAUCAAGCACACCAUUCUUAUCCGUGGGGAAUAUGUCACCAGGCCCCUGAACAUCACCCAGGCUGCAGACCGGAGGGAUGCCUUUGUCAAGGGCAUCUAUGGACACCUCUUCCUGUGGAUUGUCAAGAAGAUCAACGCUGCAAUCUUCCCGCCACCUGCCCAGGACCCCAAAAAUGUGCGGAGGGCUAUCGGCCUCCUGGACAUAUUUGGCUUUGAAAAUUUCCAGAACAAUAGUUUUGAGCAACUCUGCAUCAACUUCGCCAAUGAGCACCUGCAGCAGUUCUUUGUGCAGCACGUUUUCACCAUGGAGCAGGAGGAGUACCGCUCAGAGAACAUCUCCUGGGACUACAUCCACUAUACCGACAACCGGCCCACCUUGGACCUGCUGGCCCUCAAGCCCAUGAGCGUCAUCUCCCUCCUAGAUGAAGAGAGCCGCCUCCCACAGGGUACAGAUAUCACCAUGCUGCAAAAACUGAACAGUGUCCACGCCAACAACAAAGCCUUCCUGAAACCCAAGAAUAUCCACGAUGCCCGAUUUGGCAUUGCUCACUUUGCUGGCGAGGUUUACUACCAGGCCGAAGGCUUCCUGGAGAAGAACCGAGAUAUGCUGAGUGCAGAUAUCCUUACCCUGGUUUACUCCUCCAAAAACAAGUUCCUGAGAGAGAUAUUCCAUCUGGAGUCUGCAGAAACCAAGCUGGGCCACGGCACCAUCCGUCAGGCAAAGACUAGGAAUCAGUUCUUCAAGGGUACAGACUCCACCAAGCGGCCCUCCACCUUGGCAUCUCAGUUCAAACAGUCCCUGGAUCAGCUGAUGAAAAUACUGACCAACUGCCAGCCCUACUUCAUCCGCUGCAUCAAACCCAACGAGUACAAGAAGCCGCUGCUCUUCGACCGGGAGCUGUGUAUCCAGCAGCUGCGCUACUCCGGCAUGAUGGAGACCGUGCACAUCCGCAAGUCUGGCUUCCCCAUCCGCUAUACGUUUGAGGAAUUUUCGAAGAGAUUCCGAGUGCUGCUGCCCAGCGCUGAGCGCAAGCCACUUCAAGACAAGUUUCGCCAGAUGACCUUGUGCAUCACCGAGGUGUGUCUGGGGACAGACAAAGAAUGGAGAGUCGGAAGGACCAAAAUUUUCCUGAAGGAUCACCAGGACACCCUGCUGGAGAUACAGAGGAGCCAGGCGCUGGAUGAAGCAGCGAUCAGAAUCCAGAGAGUCAUGCGAGGCUACAAAUACAGGAAGGAGUUCCUGCAGCAGAGGCGGGCAGCUGUGACCCUCCAGGCAGAGUGGCGAGGCUACUGCAGCAGGAAGAAUUUCAAGCUGAUCCUGGUGGGCUUUGAGCGCCUGCAGGCCAUUGCCCGAAGCCACCUGCUGAUGAGGCAGUUCCAGGCCACGCGGCAGAGGAUGGUGCAGCUGCAGGCCCGCUGCAGGGGCUACCUGGUGCGCCAGCAAAUUCAGGCCAAGAGGAGAGCUAUAGUAACCAUUCAGGCACAUGCCAGGGGCAUGGCUGCCCGGCGGAGCUUCCAGAGGCGGAAAGCCAAGGGACCUCUGGUCAUCCCGGUCAAAGAGCAGAAGAGUGAAAAUCAAAAUGUUCUCCCUUCCAAGAAGCGCAAGUCCAUCUAUGAUACUGUCACUGACACAGAAAUGGUGGAGAAGGUGUUUGGCUUCCUUCCAUCCAUGAUUGGGGGCCAGGAAGGCCAGGCCCCAACUGGUUUUGAGGAUCUGGAAGUGAAGACCCAGAAUAAAUUACCCGAGAUUGACCUGGAUACAGUCCCCAUGUUGAAAGAGCCAGAGGAGGAUGUGGAUGGCCUGGCUGAGUACACCUUUCCCAAGUUUGCUGUGACGUACUUCCAGAAAUCAGCCACCCACACACACAUCCAGGGGCCCCUACGAUACCCACUACUCUACCAUGAGGAUGACACAGACUACUCGGCUGCCCUGGCCAUGUGGAACAUCAUACUGAGGUUCAUGGGUGACCUUCCAGAGCCAGUGCUGUAUGCCAAGAACAGUCUGAGUGGCAGCCCAGUAAUGCAGCAGAUCCACAACACACUGGACAAGGAGAACGGACCCAGGGGACCACAGCAUGGAUCUGCACAGAAACUGAGCCAAAAGGACAGAGGAACCAAAGGCAUCUCCUCCAUGAAGUUGAAGCGGUCCUCCAGGAUCACGGGCCAGGUGGCCAGCCAGUUGAACAUCGGAGAGGAGCCAUUUGACCUUGAUGGCCCCAUCUCAGAACGACCCAUGUCCAACCUGGAGAAGGUGCACUUCAUUGUGGGCUAUGCCAUUCUGCGACCUGGCCUCAGGGAUGAGAUUUACUGCCAGAUCUGCAAACAGCUCUCGGGAAACUCCAGGAAGAGCAGCACGGCCCGGGGCUGGAUCCUGCUCAGCCUCUGUCUGGGCUGCUUCCCACCCUCAGAGAGGUUCAUGAAGUAUCUGCUGAACUUCAUUGGUCAAGGGCCAGCAGGCUAUGGACCCUUCUGUGCUGAGCGCCUGCGGCGUACCUAUGCCAAUGGGGUGCGGGCAGAACCUCCCACGUGGCUGGAGCUUCAGGCUGUCAAGUCCAAGAAGCACAUCCCCAUCCAAGUCAUCUUGGUGACUGGGGAGAGCCUGGCCGUCAUGGUGGAUUCAGCCUCCACAUCACGAGAAAUCUGCCAGCACAUUGCCCAAAAGAAGGGCCUCAGAGACCACCUGGGCUUCUCCCUGCAGGUCGCUGUGUAUGACAAGUUCUGGUCCCUGGGCAGCGGGCGUGACCACGUGAUGGACGCUGUGGCCCAGUGUGAGCAACUGGCCCAGGAGAAGGGCGCCAGCCAGCGCCAGUCACCCUGGCGCAUCUACUUCCGGAAGGAAUUCUUUACCCCUUGGCACGACUCCCAGGAGGACCCUGUCAGCACCGAGCUCAUUUACCGGCAAGUCCUCCACGGAGUCUGGUCUGGCGAGUACAGCUUUGAGAAGGAAGAAGAGCUGGUGGAGCUGCUGGCCCGGCACUGCUACGUGCAGCUUGGUGCUUCCCUGAGAGGUAGAGCUGUCCAGGAGCUGCUGCCCGGCUGUGUCCCCUCCAAGCUGUACAAGACCAGGCCCCCAGAGAAGUGGGCUAGCCUUGUCACUGAUGCCCACACCAAGGCCCCGUACACCCAGACCCGAGCCACGACGUUGGCUGUGCAGGAGCAGGUGGUGGACACUGCCCUCCUGCAGUGGCCACUCCUCUUCUCCCGGCUCUUUGAAGUCACCACGCUGUCUGGUCCCCGCCUCCCCAAGACACAGCUGAUCUUGGCUGUUAACUGGAAGGGGCUGUACUUCCUGGAUCAGCGGGAGAGGACGCUCCUGGAACUCUCCUUCCCAGAGAUCAUGGGCCUGGUCACCAACAGGGAGGCCAAGGGAGGGCAGAGACUGCUGCUCUCCACACUGCACGAAGAGUACGAGUUCGUGUCCCCCAGCUGUGUGGCCAUCGCCGAGCUGGUGGCCCUGUUUCUGGAGGGCCUGAAGGAGAGGUCCGUGUUCGCCAUGGCCCUGCAGGACAGGAAGGCCACAGAUGAUGUCACCCUCCUGCCCUUCAAAAAGGGGGAUUUGAUAAUCCUGACCAAGAAGCAGGCCCUGCUCGCCUCUGAGAGCUGGACCCUGGGCCAGAACGACAGGACUGGCAAGACGGGGCUGGUGCCCACCGCCUGCCUCUACACCAUCCCAACGCUUAACAAGCCCUCGUCCCAGCUGCUGAGCUUGCUGGCCAUGUCACCAGAGAAGCGGAAGCUGGCGGCCCAGGAAAAGCAGCCCUCAGAGCCCCUGCCGGAGGAGCAGCCCAAGGAGAAGCUGCACACCCUGGAGGAGUUCUCCUACGAGUUCUUCAGGGCCCCAGAGAAGGAAACGGUCAGCAGAGCCAUGAUGCCCCUAACCCGCGCCCGGGGCCACCUGUGGGCCUUUUCCCCGGAGCCACUACGGCAGCCCCUGCUCAAGCGCGUCCAUGACAGAGCUGACCUGCGGGACGCCGCCUGCCAGAUCUUCCAUGCCAUCCUCAAGUACAUGGGGGACUACCCCUCCCGGCAGGCCUGGCCCACCCUGGAGCUCACAGAUCAGAUCUUCUCAUUGCCCCUGCAGGACUCAGCCCUGCAGGACGAAGUCUACUGCCAGAUCCUGAAGCAGCUGACCCAGAACUCCAACAGGUACAGCGAGGAGCGCGGCUGGCAGCUCUUGUGGCUCUGCACGGGCCUCUUCCCGCCUGGCAAGGCCCUGCUGCCCCAUGCCCAGAAGUUCCUAGACACUCGGAGGAAGAAGCUGCUGGCCCCUGACUGCAGCCGCCGCAUCCAAAAGGUCCUGAGGACAGGACCUCGGAAGCAGCCCCCGCAUCAGGUGGAGGUGGAGGCCGCAGAGCAGAAUGUCUCCCGAAUAUGCCACAAGAUCUACUUCCCCAAUGACACCAACGAGAUGCUGGAAGUGGGCGCCAACACUCGGGUGCGAGACGUGUGUGAGAGCAUCGCCACCAGGUUACAGCUGGCCUCCUGGGACGGCUGCAGCCUCUUCAUCAAGAUCUCAGACAAGGUCAUCAGCCAGAAAGAAGGAGACUUCUUUUUCGAUUCCUUGAGGCAUAUGUCUGACUGGGUAAAGAAGAACAAGCCCCAGAAAGAAGGGGCCCCCGUGACACUCCCUUACCAGGUGUACUUCAUGCGGAAAUUGUGGAUCAACAUGGCCCCAGGGAAGGACGUGAAUGCAGACACCAUACUCCACUACCAUCAGGAGCUACCCAAGUACCUGCGUGGGUUCCACAAGUGUUCCCGGGAAGACGCUGUCCACCUGGCGGGCCUCAUCUACAAGGCCCAGUUUGAUAAUGACCGGUCCCAGCUGGCUAGUAUACCCAAGAUCCUGAGGGAACUGGUGCCCGAGAACCUCACUCGCCUGAUGUCCUCUGAGGAGUGGAAAAAGAGCCUCCUCGUGGAAUGCGAUAAGCACAAAGACAAGACCGUGCAGGAGGCCAAGGUGGCCUUCCUGAAGUGGAUCUGCCGGUGGCCCACCUUUGGGUCAGCCUUCUUUGAGGUGAAGCAAACCUCAGAGCCGUCCUAUCCAGACAUUGUCCUCAUCGCCAUCAACCGACACGGGGUCCUGCUCAUCCACCCCAAGACCAAGGACCUGCUCACCACCUACCCCUUCACGAAGAUCUCCAGCUGGAGCAGUGGUAGCACCUACUUCCACAUGGCACUGGGGAGCCUGGGCCGGGGGACGCGCUUGCUGUGUGAGACCUCUCUGGGCUACAAGAUGGACGACCUGCUGACAUCCUAUGUGCAACAGCUCCUGAGCGCUGUGAACAAACAAAGAGGCCCCCGGGCCCCAUCACUGGCCAGCACUUAACAGCCACCUGCCCAAUUUAGGAUCCCUCAGGGUAUAAACUCAGGGCCUGCCCCCUGCACACACCCCACUUCCCUCAGGUGCCUGUCUCCUGAGUGCUGACCACGGAGGCCAGAGGUCGUCUCUGGCUCCAGACUCAUGCAGUAUGACUGAGAGAACCCCUCCCCCUGAACAUUUAAUAAAACUUCAUGGAGCCGUGGAA